UCCGAGCAGCAGCAGCGACGGCGAGAGACACACCGCACGAUUGCAUGGAAAAAAAUCGCGGACGCGGAGGACAAAACGGGUUUGCUCCGCCGAAAAUCAAAGACGAAAAACUGAGGAAAACAAAACGAUCAAAAACUUUUUCCCAGGAUGAAACGAUGCGAUUCGAUAUAGUAAAUCCUUUCGGGGUUGGACAGAAGCGCUCUCCUCAAACGUCACAUUUUUCAUCACAAAGUGAUAUUGUUGCGCUAUUCUGAAAUACGAAUAACUUGAGUACAGGAAUCCAAGAUGUGAGAAUUUGACAGUAAAAAUGCGUUUUCGGCCGCGAAGAUAAAAGUUGUUAUAAUUGUGUCACCCAAGCGAACCCACGCGCCGCUCUAGCCACGCCCUCUCUCCCCUCUUCCGCCAAUAGGAGCGUCCGCAUCCCGCCAUAUGACUUCCCUGCUAUAUAUCGUUCUUUAAUCUUAAAUAAAUAUUCUUUAAUAACGUGAUUAUUCUGGAAUUUUCUAUUCACCAUAAGUAAUAAAAUAAAAUAAAAAAAUAUUAUUUCAAAUAAAAAAAUAAUUAAAUUCCAAAAAAUAAGAAUUUUAACGUUCUUUAAUCUUAAAUAUUCGUUUUCCCUCGUGCAAACCACUCGUCUUUAAUACUAUGAUUAUUCUGGAAACAUUUUAAAAUAAUGUAUUAUCUGAACAUGUGUCACCCAUGUGCAAUAAAGUGAAAUCUUACUUUUCCUGAGAAAUGUAAUAAUUUCCACUUGAUAAAAUAUAAUCUUCUAUUCAGUAAUAUGCAUUGACACUUGGUUGUUUGAAAGUUGCAGAUUAUUUUAUUUUUUUAACAAUAACGCUGCUAAAUUGCACGAGCCUAAUCGAGCGAGAUCACAACGUUCUAACAUGAAGUGGCAGAGCGUCAUGGUGUGGGCGUGGUUUAGUAUUGUCAACAUCCUAGUGACAUAACCAGUUUUUCCAAAAUGGCGACGGCGGAUCACAGAGAAGGACAGGAUGACCCGGAGAGUGAAGAGGAGGUCUACGAGGUCGUGGACCUGACAGAAUAUGCCCGGAGGCACCAGUGGUGGAGUCGGGUGUUUGGGAGCAACUCGGGCCCGAUUGCUGAGAAGUACUCUGUGGCCACUCAGAUCGCGAUGGGAGGGGUGACUGGAUGGUGUGCUGGUUACCUCUUCCAGAGAGUUGGGAAGAUCGCUGCCACCGCUGUUGGAGGAGGGUUCCUUCUUUUACAGAUCGCCAAUCACAGCGGCUACGUGCAGGUGGACUGGAAGAAGGUGGAGAAGGAUGUGAACAAAGCAAAGAAGCACCUGAAGAAGAAGGCAAACAAAGCAGUCCCUGAAAUAAACACAUUCAUUGAGGAGGUAAAGGCCACAGACUUUAUAAAGAGGAACAUCGUCUUGUCCAGCGGGUUCGUCGGCGGCUUCUUUCUGGGUCUGGCCUCCUAAUGCCGCUGCACGCGCCGCAGCCUCCACUUACUGUGAAUCACACCACUACAUCGGUCACUUUCCUCCCCCGCUGUUUACCUCUCGGGGGGGGGGGGGGGGCGGCCCCCCAUGUGUGCAUCCGUUCACCUUUUUAACAACAAAAUGAAAGCAUGAUCUGUUGUAUUAACGGUAUAACAUUGUUCUACUCCCCCUGUUUCAAAUCAGUCAUAGCUAAUGAGUUCCCUUUUGAAAGACUGACACAUUCUGGAGUGUGUGUGUCUGGGUUGAUCAUGCUGUGACUUUGUUCCGUGGGACCCGUAACGGAUCCUUGCCAGGCUGCUGAAUAUGUCACGCUGCCACAAACGAGCACAGAGUCCUCGUUGCUUUUGAUCGGAGUUUGUCCGUCCGCUCGUGUUUCUGCCUGGUGGACGCUGAUCUCCAAUAGUUGGCAUGCGUGGGCGCCAUUGUAAAUACGUAGCCAACCCCCCUUUUUCAGAGGUGUAAAGACCCACACACGGGUAAAUAUUAUAUAAACAUGGAAGGCAGCAGAGUGGGAAGUUAACACCAUCCCCCAGUCUAAUAGCUGUGAAGUUGAUGUGCCUAUUGAAGCAUGUAAGCAAACACAAUUCAGUUUUUAAAGUUGGCUGGGGGGUUAUUUUUCCACCCUGAGCAGGAGUUAUUAAUAUAUAAUAACACAUAUGAGCAUAAAUCACAACUAAAGGUUACAUCUGUGAAUGUGCUCUCUCUCUCUUAAUAUUAAAUACAGACCCUUUAUUCCCAUAAUCCUCAGCUCCACGCUGCCUUUUUAAUGACAGGAGCAUCUGCUGCACCCUAAUUACCACAAUAGCAAGCCCGACACCAGUCCCGUCAUUAAAGAGCAUAAUGGAGCAGCGGUCGGGACUAAUACGCCCGUUGCUAUUGUGCAUUUAGAGAUGCUGCAGAGUCGUGCGUGUUCACAUCUAGGUAGGACAGCCACACAUUAGAGUCCACUUAAUUUGAUCACGAGUUGCUGAUGAGUUGUUUUUUUUGCCUUUUUCUACCAGUGCAAUAUACGGUGUUACAUACAGAUUUUAUUUUUUUUUUUAAAGAGCUUGUGUUUCCAACUGCCAUUUUGUAUGCUCAUACUCCCUCAUUGUUUAUUUGAUGUUAUUUUGUUAUCGCAGCUGUAUGAAUUUGGUUGUGCGUGUAUCUUUCAAAAUAAAGAUUUUGUUUUCAUCUAGAAAA